AUGGACUUCUACCACGAAAGCCUUCAAGGCCCCCUAAAGCGGAUCGGAGCUGGUUUCUGCGGUACCGUAUGGGCAGAAGCAAGUACACUGUCAGCACGAGCCUCAGCAGCAGCACCAGCAGCCAUCAAGCGCGAAGACGGCGGAUCGGGGCGGUCUCUACUCAAUGACACCCAGAUAUACCAACAACUGCUAGGAGCCCUCCAGGCGUGUCCGGCAGACAUUCGCUCCUUCCGAGUACCGAAAUGGCACGCCUAUAUUCAGAACACGGACGAUCGCAUUUGGGGUCAUGGUCGCCAGCUCCUAUCCCAGUUUCCAGCAGGAUAUUCGCCAUGCAACGUGCUGGUCACAGAGAGAAUCCCGCCCGUGCCCGAAGCAGUCCGGCAUUUCCUCGUCGACCGGUACUGCCCGCCGGCCUUGAGACCAACCAUCAAAGGCGACAGGAACGACGACGACUGCCUGAUCAGGCCAUAUAUAGGCCGUCGGUGGAGAGGUCGAGGGAGUUCCAGACUCCCAAGCUUCAGCCUCCGGAAUUAUCCUCUCCACAUCGAUCAAAUGGAGGAUUUGGGGCUCGGCAUCUACGAGUACGCGACGUGGGUAGCGAAUGCACUGGAGCCAACGCCGGGUGUCAUCGCCUACACGGCGGCCUCCCGGCUGCUCCUCGAGAAUAAUAACGCCCUGCAGGCCUGGGUCGGCUUUAGCACCGAAAACAUCUACCCGAGCUCGGCGCGCAUUAUCGACGCGCUGACGUGCCACGUACAGUCGCCAUUUCUUGCUCUCUACCUCAGUUUGCAAGGGGUGACAGCUGCUUCGACGGGGACUGAACUCGCUACCCUAGCUAGGACUUACUGGGAGAUCGAAGUUCUGCGGGAGAACGGGGAUGUGGGAUUUCCCUUGACGGGAUGA